AAGAAAGUUUGAAUGUGUUUAACGAAACCUACCCUUUAAACGUGAACAUGCGAGAACUGUUGAAUACGUACAAGAGUGGAGGGUACGUAAGUCCCCUCAAGGUAAACGAGUAUCCGUUCCGUUUCAUACGGAACCCCACCAAAGUGUGUGAAAACGGACAAAAAGUCUUUCUUUUAUUUAUCAUCAAAUCCGCCCUACGCCAUUUUGACAGACGACAAGCAAUUCGCCAGACUUGGGCCAACCAGGAGCUUUGUAAGAGAUUUGGAAUUCGGCGGCUGUUUCUGACAGAUCUCCUUGUCCAACUGUUACACACGGCCGGCAGAUCACGGGAUUUCUACAUGGGAUGGCUGAACGGGAAUCCGACCCCAGUCCGCAACAUGCGAGAUAAAUGGUUUGUCUCCAAACGGGAUUUUCCAUACCCAGUGUAUCCCGAUUUUAUCAGCGCUGGAGCAAUUGUAAUGUCGAUGGAUUUCGUUGUGGACCUCUAUAUUGCUAGUCAGUACACGAAUCACUUUAAGUUUGACGAUGUUUUCGUUGGAAUAGUGGCUUCCAAGCUCAAGGUCACACCUGUCUCGUGCAAUCUCUUUACUAUGUUCAAAAUCUGGUUCACAGCCGACCGGUUCUGGAAAACGCUUGUAUCACAUGAAUACAAACCGAAAGAACUGUUGCAAGCAUGGAAAUGUCACGUGCUUAUUAGCAAACAUGGAUUGGACAGUAGCAUCGAUACGUCCUAGUUUAGUGUUCAAAUAUUACAUUGCUGUCAAUUCUUGUUUUCAGCGGGAACUUUAAGAUACGGAAUCCGACAAUCCAGUUAACUUGCGUUCCGGAUCCGACAUGUCAUAUAAAUUGAUUCUAAAGGACAAACAUUUCAUCAAUUAUACAAUAAAGACACCUGGUUACGUUAUACAUAGGUAAAAAGGUUAUCUAUGUGUUCGUUAACAUGCAAUGUAGAGAUUGUAUACAGUAGAUAUAAAUGGCUGAAAUGUAAUCCUGUGCACCUCAGGAAAUAAUGUCACAUGGGUAACGAAUACGUAACGAAAUCUAAAACCCUGUAUCAAUUCGAGACCUACGUUGGG